AGGGGAGGUUGUGGGGCCGCCGCCGCGGAGCACCAUCCCCGCCGCCGCCGCCGCCGCCCGAGCCCGAGCCCGCGCGCCUGCUCGCGCCGCCGCCGUCGCCGCGCCGCCUCACGCCCGGCCCCCUCAACGCGGCUGCUGUCGCCGUCGCCGCCCGAGCCCGCCCGCCCGCCCGCCGGCGGCGGCGCAGGCUGAGGAGAUGCGGCUCGGAGCGCCCGAGCAGGGCUAGACGCGGCCCGCCGCCGCCGCGGUUCAUCUCUGCAGGGCCAGGUGACAACUGCUCUUCUUGUGGAUUACUUGGUUUACAAGACCCUGCCAGUGAGACUUCGAGUUUACGCAGCUGGGACCCGAGCCACCUCAGUUUUGUACUUGCAUGUGCUGGUGAAAGUUUGGAGCUGGUUGGAGCUACUGUUUACGUGGACAUUUUGAGCCAUUUUGAACUUAAGGCGCUGACACUGCUAGCAAUGAGCUCCCAAAGCCAUCCAGAUGGACUUUCUGGCCGAGACCAGCCGGUGGAGCUGCUGAAUCCUGCCCGUGUGAACCACAUGUCCAGCACUGUGGACGUGGCUACAGCGCUGCCUCUGCAAGUGGCCCCUGCAGCAGUACCCAUGGACCUGCGCCUGGACCACCAGUUCUCGCUGCCCUUGGAACCCGCUCUGCGGGAACAGCAGCUGCAGCAGGAGCUUCUAGCACUGAAACAGAAACAGCAGAUCCAGCGGCAGAUCCUCAUUGCUGAGUUCCAGCGGCAGCAUGAGCAGCUGUCCCGGCAGCACGAGGCCCAGCUGCAUGAACAUAUCAAGCAGCAGCAGGAGAUGCUGGCCAUGAAGCACCAGCAAGAGCUGCUGGAGCACCAGCGGAAACUGGAGCGGCACCGGCAGGAGCAGGAGCUGGAGAAGCAGCACCGUGAGCAGAAGCUGCAGCAGCUCAAGAACAAGGAGAAGGGCAAAGAGAGUGCCGUAGCAAGCACCGAGGUGAAGAUGAAGCUGCAGGAGUUUGUUCUCAACAAGAAGAAGGCGCUGGCCCACCGGAACCUGAACCACUGCAUUUCCAGCGAUCCCCGCUACUGGUAUGGGAAGACACAGCACAGCUCCCUUGACCAGAGCUCUCCACCCCAGAGUGGGGUAUCAGCCUCCUACAACCACCCAGUCUUGGGAAUGUACGAUGCCAAAGAUGACUUCCCUCUUAGGAAAACAGCUUCUGAGCCCAACCUGAAAUUACGGUCAAGGCUUAAGCAGAAAGUAGCUGAGAGACGGAGCAGCCCCCUGUUGCGCAGGAAAGAUGGCCCUGUGGCAACUGCUCUAAAAAAGCGACCCCUGGAUGUCACAGACUCUGCGUGCAGCAGCGCCCCUGGCUCCGGUCCCAGCUCUCCCAAUAGCAGCUCUGGCAACGUCAGCACUGAAAAUGGCAUCACGCCCACCGUGCCCAGCGCUCCAGCUGAGACGAGCUUGGCACACAGACUCGUGACUCGAGACGGCUCAGUCGCCCCACUCCCUCUCUACACAUCUCCAUCCUUACCCAACAUCACCUUGGGGCUCCCUGCCACCGGCCCUGCUGCUGGUGCAGCAGGCCAGCAGGAUACUGAGAGGCUUGCUCUCCCAGCCCUCCAGCAGCGGAUCUCCCUGUUCCCUGGCACCCACCUCACCCCGUACCUGAGCACCUCGCCCUUGGAGCGGGAUGGUGGAGCAGCUCACAACCCCCUUCUGCAGCAUAUGGUCCUGCUGGAGCAGGCACCCACCCAGACACCCCUUGUCACAGACUGGUAUCUUUCAGGCCUGGGGGCGCUGCCCCUCCACACACAGUCCCUGGUUGGUGCGGACAGGGUGUCCCCAUCCAUUCACAAGCUGCGGCAGCACCGCCCCCUGGGGCGCACGCAGUCAGCACCCCUGCCGCAGAAUGCACAGGCCCUGCAGCACCUGGUGAUCCAGCAGCAGCACCAGCAGUUCCUGGAGAAGCACAAGCAACAGUUCCAGCAGCAACAGCUGCACCUCAGCAAGAUGAUCUCCAAACCCAGCGAGCCACCCCGGCAGCCUGAGAGCCACCCUGAGGAGACGGAGGAGGAGCUCCGUGAACACCAGGCCUUGUUAGAUGAGCCCUACCUAGACCGGCUCCCUGGGCAGAAGGAGCCCUCUUUAGCUGGUGUGCAGGUGAAGCAGGAGCCCAUAGAGAGUGAGGAGGAAGAGGUGGAGCCCACUCGAGAGGCGGACCCCAGCCAGCGGCCAGCGACUGAGCAAGAGCUGCUCUUCAGACAGCAAGCUCUCCUGUUGGAGCAGCAGAGGAUCCACCAGCUAAGGAACUACCAGGCAUCUAUGGAGGCUGCUGGCAUCCCUGUGUCAUUUGGCAGCCACAGACCUCUGUCCCGGGCACAAUCCUCCCCAGCAUCUGCCACCUUCCCCAUGUCAGUCCAGGAGCCCCCCACCAAACCAAGGUUCACCACAGGCCUUGUGUAUGAUACUCUGAUGUUGAAGCACCAGUGCACCUGUGGGAACACCAACAGCCACCCAGAGCAUGCUGGGAGGAUCCAGAGCAUCUGGUCCCGGCUGCAGGAGACUGGCCUCCGUGGCAAGUGUGAGUGCAUCCGUGGACGCAAGGCCACAUUGGAAGAGCUGCAGACAGUGCACUCGGAGGCCCACACACUCCUCUACGGCACAAACCCUCUCAACAGACAGAAACUGGACAGUAAGAAACUUCUAGGCUCGCUGACCUCCGUGUUUGUCAGGCUGCCUUGUGGUGGUGUUGGGGUGGAUAGUGACACCAUAUGGAAUGAAGUACACUCUUCAGGGGCAGCCCGCCUGGCUGUGGGCUGCGUGGUGGAGCUGGUCUUCAAGGUGGCCACAGGAGAGCUAAAGAAUGGCUUUGCUGUGGUUCGUCCCCCAGGACAUCAUGCCGAGGAGAGCACACCCAUGGGGUUCUGCUACUUUAACUCCGUGGCAGUUGCAGCCAAACUUCUUCAGCAGAGACUGAAUGUGAGCAAGAUUCUCAUUGUGGACUGGGAUGUACACCAUGGGAAUGGGACCCAGCAGGCCUUCUACAAUGACCCCAAUGUUCUCUACAUGUCCCUUCACCGCUAUGACGACGGCAACUUCUUCCCAGGAAGUGGAGCACCAGAUGAGGUGGGCACAGGGCCAGGCGUGGGUUUCAAUGUCAACAUGGCUUUCACGGGUGGCCUCGAACCCCCCAUGGGAGAUGCAGAGUACCUGGCAGCCUUCAGAACGGUCGUCAUGCCAAUUGCAAAUGAGUUUGCCCCAGAUGUGGUACUGGUGUCAUCAGGGUUCGAUGCUGUGGAGGGCCACCCCACACCUCUUGGAGGGUACAAUCUCUCUGCCAAAUGCUUUGGGUACUUGACGAAGCAGCUGAUGGGCCUAGCUGGUGGCCGAAUUGUGCUGGCUCUUGAGGGCGGCCAUGACCUGACGGCCAUCUGUGACGCUUCUGAAGCAUGUGUUUCUGCUCUGCUGGGAAAUGAGCUUGAGCCUCUGCCAGAAAAGGUUCUGCAGCAGAGACCCAAUGCCAAUGCCGUCCACUCCAUGGAGAAAGUGAUGGACAUCCACAGCAAGUACUGGCGCUGCCUGCAGCGUUUGUCCUCCACCGUGGGGCACUCUCUGAUUGAGGCCCAGAAGUGUGAGAAUGAAGAAGCUGAGACAGUCACCGCCAUGGCCUCACUGUCUGUAGGCGUAAACCCUGCUGAGAAGAGAUCGGAGGAAGAGCCUAUGGAGGAGGAGCCACCACUGUAGCCCGAAGCUGCUGUUCUCUCCUUUGUUUGUCUGUCUUGAAGCUCAGCCAAGAAACUUUCCCGUGUCACUCCUGCGUCCUGCCUCGGUGCUCUCUGAGUGCAAGGGGACACCAGGCGUGCAGCAGCAGCGGGAGGCCUUUCUGACGCCCUGGACCACAGGUCUGGAGACGCACACGAACACCAGGUGUGGCGGAUCACAUGGAACACAGGACAGCGCACACAGGCACACAGACAUGCGGAAGCCAAGCACACGCUGGUGGGUUCCCCCAGGGAAGCCCGCGAAGGAAGAGGCCUGUGGCAACCUGGGCACAGUUGCUGAAUCGAGUUGACAUGAGGAAAAUGAAAAUCAAAGAUCUAUCUAAUACUACAGAAAAAACUUGAUUAAAACUGGUGCUUAACAUUUGAUUCUUACCCACAAUCCCACAGUCUCUGUGUAAACCACUCAACUCAUCUUGUAGCUUUUUUUUUUUUAAACAGAGAGUUUUCUAUGGCUCUGGCCUGCCUUGUGAACCUUAGUGGGGUGCAGUGGGGGUUCACAGCUUAGUGAGGGACAGAGUUGGAAGAAACAUUAAAGGAAAAAAAAAAAAAACUGGACAGAACAGAAAUGUGAGCCUGGGAGUCAGCUGGAGCUUCCUGAAGCCAUCGGAAGAUGCAAGUUUGUGCCUUUUUUUAUUGCUCUGAUGGAUUUUUUUUUUUUUUUCUUUGUGGCUGGGUUUUCUGAAGUCUGAGGAACAAUGCCUUAAGAAAAAAACCACCAAGAAUUGGUGUUACAGUGUCCUGUGGCUGGCUGAGCCGGUGACGCUGGCCUGGCAUUAGAAAAGUAGGUGCCAGCCACUGUCCCCAGGGGCCACAGUAUAGCCAGCCUUGCUUGGUCUGAUCGCUGUUUAAGGAAGAUGAGGUAGUUCCAAAAAGCAGCGAACACCGCCGGCAGUUUUGAAGUCCGACACAUUUUAAACGGAUCCAAAGUGUUCUUUUCUCAUCCGUCACGUAGCAGUCGAGCAUCUCCAUGGGUUGUGAAGCAUGUCGUAGGCACACUGCAGUGUUACGAUCGGAAUGCUUUUCAUUAAAAGCAGGUAGCAUGAAGUAUUGCUUAAAUUUUAGGUAUAAAUAAAUAUAUAUAUGUAUAAUAUAUAUUCCACUGUAUUCCAAGCUAAGAAACUUGAUUCUUAUGAGAUCUUGAUAAAAUAUUUAUAAUGCAUUUAUAGACAAAGUAUAUAUAAAUAUAUAUAAUAAAUCCAGACCGCAGAGGUCCUGGCAGGUGAAAGACGUGUGUUAGCUCUGAGGUGCUGAAGGCUGGGGUCUGGAUUGAAGCCCAAGGAAUUUUGGGCUCCAGUUUGGCCAGCUUCCAGAUAGCCAACAUGUUCACCCCUGGGCAACUUCCCUACCAGUUUGUACUUUAAUUUUAAUUAUUUUCUAACAAGGCCUCUGCCCUCUCCAAGCCUCCAUGCACAUAUGUACCUGAUGAGUUUUUAUAGCAAAGGAUAUAAACUUGCUGUUGAUUUUUGUAUGAAUUUUUCACAAACAAUCCUGAAGAAAA